AUGUAUUUUCCCAAAGAUAUUUGGACUUUUGAUGUGAAGAAAUCUGCAAAAGCAAAAGAGAACACUGAUGCAAGAAAGAAGACAGAAGAAGGACUCACAGAAAACAUUGGACUUCCCCUGAAACUGCUUGAAAAACAUAACCCUUGGCCAGCCUAUGUCACAUACACCUCCCCAGUGGUGAAAAGACUCAUUGAGAAAAGCAAAACGAGAGAACUGGAAAGCAUGCGUGCUCUCGAGGAAAGCCAACAAGCGUCGUGUCAGAACGAGCUGUCCAGCGUCAUUCAGCUGAAGAGAAGAAAGUCAUCCAGGUCCUCAGGUGAAACUGUGUUCAAGGACACGCUGCCUGAGAGCGCAUUAUCGGUGUGGGGCAGUUACUCCUUUUUGGCCACGGGGCCUGCCAUUACCCCAGAACCCAUGCACUUACAUACGGAUUCCAGAGAAAGUCCCACUGCAAACUACAACAAGAUCAUCUUUGCCCGAAAACCCAUGAUGAGGAAACUUCCAUAUAGCUAG